UAGCGUUACCUCCUUCUUGAAGUUAACUAUGGGGACGUGGUGACGUGGGCGGUAACAAACGGUUCUCCUCUCACGUAGUGACGUCAGUUCGCUGUUAAACUUGAUAAAGUUAGUAUUAAACAGACCAGCUGGGUGUGAACGAUGCUUCCCCGCAGACAGGACUACGGGAUGAACCGGCCCGGAGGAGGACCGAGGAGCAGCUCGGUGAUCAGCUUCAGGACUCCGGUGAGCCCGGUGGGUUCUGGCCGCUCCUCGGUCCGCCGCAGCUCCGCCGUGCUGCCGUCCGUUCUCACGUUCCUGGUGAUCGUCGCGUCCGGAGGCCUGCUGCUCAUGAUAGAGAAGGGAAUGCUGAACAGCAUGGAGACGCCUCCGCCACGGGGGAACCGGGGGAACCGGGACGGGGACGGGAACGGGAGGCUGGACUUCAUCAGGCAGGCUGCGGAGAGACUCAGCCCGGCUGCUGUGGACCAGGACUCACAGAUCCUCCAGGAGAUCCGUAACCGGACCAUCAGGACUGUGUGCAGCCAGAAGAACAUGCCCCACAGCAUCUGGUCCCUGAGCCCCCCGCAGAGGAAGACGCUGCUGCAGCACAUCCUGGUGAACGACCAGUACCACUUCCUGUACUGCUACGUCCCCAAGGUGGCCUGCUCCAACUGGAAGAGGGUCCUGAAGGUUCUGAACGGAGCUCUGGAGAACGUGGAAGUCAACAUCAAGAUGGACCACCGCAGCGACCUGCAGUUCUUGUCCUCCUUUAAACCCGAGGAGAUCCGCCACCGCCUCAAGCACUACUUCAAGUUCAUGUUCGUGCGGGAGCCCAUGGAGCGCCUGCUCUCUGCGUACAGGAACAAGUUUGGAGAGAUCGUGUCCUACCAGAAAAAGUACGGCGUGGAGAUCGUGAAGCGGUACAGAAAAGGUCGCGCCAAGGACGCGGCUGUGACGGGAGACGAUGUGACGUUUGCAGAGUUUGUCCGUUACUUGCUGGAUGAGGAUGCGGAGCGCAUGAAUGAGCACUGGAUGCCGGUGUACAACUUGUGCCAACCCUGCGCCGUGUCCUACGACUUCAUCGGCUCCUACGAGCACCUUGAGAGUGAUUCGGACUUUGUGCUUCAGCGCGUCGGAGCGCCACCUCACGUUCGCUUCCCGGAGAGGCAAACGUGGUACAAGCCCGUCACCACGGAGACGUUGCACUAUUAUCUGUGCACGUUACCGCAGAAGCUACUGAAGGAACUCCUGCCCAAGUACAUUUUAGACUUUUCCCUCUACGCUUAUCCUCUCCCCAACACAACCACUGAACACUGCCGGCACUAAAUGUGCAAGUUUUUAUAGCUCUGAGAUUAUUUUUAUAGAGAAUACUUUUUUUUACUAUUGUUAUUCCUGGAGACAGUAUUUUGAGAGCUGUUACAAAUUUUUACUUGAGAUGUUUCAAAUAUCAUCGCAAAAAUGCUGAUUAUUGGAAAAGAUGGAGACUUGAAACCACUAAAGCUUGAAAUCAGCUCAAGACAAAGAAAAAAAAUCAGGUUGGCUACGUUCACAUUACGGGGUUUAGAGACUGCCCAUUGUUCAAAAAAUACACACUGGAGUUGUUGGAGUCCAGUGACUACCAGACUCUGUUUACAUAUUCUCCUAAAUCAUAACGUAUGUAACAUUUGUGUGAAUCCUAAAGAAAGACUUUUCAUUUCGGCUGAUAUUUAACUUUAACAGCUCUUCUGUGAAGUAAAUGAAAUAAACGAGUAGUGUACGAUGUGUGACGUUACUGUUUGACAUCUCGAAACUCCGCCAGUCAGCACGUCCGUGGCUCAGAUCUGAAUCAGAUUUCUGUGUCCAUACUACUCUGGAAAAAAUCUAAUCUGUAUCACUUGAGAGCAAAAACAUUUGGGCCCAAUUUGCUUGUAAUGUGAACGUAGCUUUAGGCAACAUCCACACUUAAACGUUUUUGUUUUAAAACGCAUAUUUGUAUGCCUAACAUCCACACUACUCCGGCAUUUUCGAGCCCCUAAAACGGAGACGAAUGAAAACACUGCUGACCCCAUUUUAGUUUGAAAACUCUGGGGUUGCGCUUUAGUCUGGACGGACAGAAACGGAGACCUCUGAAAACGAUGACGCAGACACCCAUGUUUGCUUCUUGAUUGGGUCUUGUCAGUCCUCACGUGUCCUUCCCCGAUUCGUCACGCCCCAUCUUCUGUUACCUUUUCCGGUAGAAAACAAACAACAUCAGCCCUGGAUGAAGAGUUACAAGCGUUUUCUGACCUUGUUGUCUCUGCUUGCAGCUGUUGUGCAGUUAAAUUCAGCAUUUUAUUAUGCUACUACUGCCUACAUGCGCAGGUGGCGAGCUAUUAUUUUAGCGCUUUGCAUCAAUUCCUAUGUCCAGCGCUGUUUUCUGUUUACACCGGCACACGUAUGCCCAGCGUACGUGAAUGGUCAUGUGACAUGCGCUUUCAGGCGUGCUUGUCUGGACGGAGAUUCAGUAUUAGUAUUAGUGUGGAUGUAGCCUUAGUCAACAUGUUCCUGUCAUGCACUGUUACAGUAAAUGAACCAAGUCAGUAUAUAUUGAUGGAAAUGUAAAUAAGGUUUCAAGACCAAACUCUGUUUUGCUUGUUUCUUCAUCUGCACGUUGGAGAAGGUGAAGGGUAAAAUGGGCCCUUUUGUAUUUCCUGUUGCAAUGUUUGUUAAUGCAGUAGCUGACAGAAAGUAAACUUGGACCAAAGGGCAACAGGAUGGCAAUGAAAAGGUCUAUAGCUUCUGGGGGCAUACAGUGGUUUAGCAGGCUAAAACACAAACCAUGUACUCACAGGUUUGUGGGUUUUAAAUCAAGCUUUGUGUCUUUUUGUUUUAUGUGUCACAGCCUCUCCUCCCCGUCCGUCUUUACUAUAACUUUGUAACAAAACAAAAGAAAAGUUCAAGUUUUGUGAUGUAUGUAUUUUUAUCGCUUUAUUUUAAAAAUAAUUUAAUAAUUUAAACAUCAUUAGAAAAAAACAUGAAUAUUAAGCAUAAAACACAUUGACCACAGGGUUGAACGAAUACUUCUCUUGCUACAUGUGUGAGGUUAUAGUUGCUCUGAACCAAAAGCUGAAUACUAAUUUUAUCAAUGACUGUGUAACAUACUGACAGAGAGGAAGUGGAGUCAAUGAGAAGUUGUUGUCGACUGUUGGCACUGUUAUUAGUUUUAGCAAACACCCAGGCAUGGUUUCAGCCUGAGCCUUUAUGGCUGAACUGGUACAUAAAGUUGUAAUGUUUAUAAAUGCCAAGACGUAUGGAGACCCUCACAAUUCAUGUCCAGACUCAAAACUAGUGGUUUCUGACUCACUCAUCAUAUUCUUCAUCUUUCUGUCUCUAGUCAUUAAUCCUUGAAGCUCACACUUCUGAAAAAGAGACAGAAAAAAAGAUUUUGGUGAAAUAAGGCAGAGGAUUUUUUUUUUUGAAAUAGUUUUCAUUGUUGUUCUUUAUCCAACAGCUGUGCUUCCUGUUUAAAGUUAAAAAUCAUUUCCUGAACCAAAAACAAUGAAUAGCUGCAUAAUUUUCAUGCCCAAAGCCUUACUUGUCUGCUGACUUGUCGGUGGAGCGGUUGAGAGUUCGUAGGAUGGAGCGUUCUGGGGAGGUGUGAUGGGAACUGGAGGAGACGUCGAGGGACGAGAAAGACACGCCCUGUCUGCGCAUCUCCUGAACGGCCCUUUCACUGAGGACAGAGAGACAAUCAGACAAUCACAACAUGUAUUAUGUAUUGUGCCUUCACUGUGUUGUUACAUCCUUGUUACUACAGCAAGUAUUAAAGCUGCAAGUUCUUACUUGUAAAUCACUGUAACUUUUGGUAAUCAA